CACGCCGAGGAGCGCGCUGCCCACCCACACUGCUCCCGUGUGGCCCGCAGCGCUUCUCAGCCUCGGCGACCCCGCUGGGAGUGCUGGCAUGAGGGCGCCCACAUGGGCAGUGUCUGCAAUCAAGGGUUUGUCAAGAGGUUGGGAGUGGAGCCUCGCCUGGACCCGGGAUGGGGGCCUUGAGGUUCUCAGGCUAGGGCCUUGUGGACAGUUUUGCCAAGCUUGGGGGGCCUACAGUGGGGACAAGUCGUUGGAACUGUGCGGUGGGAGUGAGUUGGGGUGUCCUGAGUAUAUGAGGAAAAGACUCUGAAAGCGUUGAUGGUUUACAGGUGCAGAAAUUACACCCCAGUUAUCACAAAACUUGGCUACCAGAGCAUUAUGAAUGUUAAUGACCUCAAACUCAGGUUGUCCAAAGCUGGGCAAGAACAUCUAUUGCAGUUCUGGAAUGAGCUGGAAGAAGCCCAACAGGUAGAACUUUUCACAGAGCUCCAGGCCAUGAACUUUGAGGAGCUGAACUUCUUUUUCCAAAAGGCCAUUGAAGGAUUUAACCAUUCUUCCCAGCCAGAGAAAGUGGACUCACGGAUGGAAGCUGUCCCUCGAGAGGUGUUGGGCAGUGCUACCAGGGAUCACGAUCAGCUGCAGGCCUGGGAAAGUGAAGGACUUUUCCAGAUUUCUCAGAACAAAGUAGCAGUUCUUCUUCUAGCUGGUGGGCAGGGGACAAGACUUGGUGUUGCAUAUCCCAAGGGGAUGUAUGAUGUUGGUUUGCCAUCCCAUAAGACACUUUUUCAGAUUCAAGCAGAGCGUAUCCUGAAGCUUCAACAGUUAGCUGAAAAAUAUCAUGGCAACAAAUGCAUCAUUCCGUGGUAUAUAAUGACCAGUGGCAGAACAAUGGAAUCUACAAAGGAAUUCUUCACAAAGCACAAGUACUUUGGUUUAAAAAAAGAGAAUGUAAUCUUUUUUCAGCAGGGAAUGCUGCCUGCUAUGAGUUUUGAUGGGAAAAUUAUUUUGGAAGAGAAGAACAAGGUUUCUAUGGCUCCAGAUGGGAAUGGUGGUCUUUAUCGGGCUCUUGCAGCCCAGAACAUUGUGGAGGAUAUGGAGCAAAGAGGCAUUUGGAGCAUUCAUGUCUAUUGUGUUGACAACAUAUUAGUAAAAGUGGCAGACCCACGGUUCAUUGGAUUUUGCAUUCAGAAAGGAGCAGACUGUGGAGCAAAGGUGGUAGAGAAAACGAACCCUACAGAACCAGUUGGAGUGGUUUGCCAAGUGGAUGGAGUAUACCAGGUGGUGGAAUAUAGUGAGAUUUCUCUGUCUACGGCUCAAAAACGAAGCUCAGAUGGACGACUGCUGUUCAAUGCGGGGAACAUUGCCAACCAUUUCUUCACUGUACCGUUUCUGAGAGAUGUUGUCAAUAUUUAUGAACCUCAGUUGCAGCACCAUGUGGCUCAAAAGAAGAUUCCAUAUGUGGAUUCCCAGGGGCAGUUAAUUAAGCCAGACAAACCAAAUGGAAUAAAGAUGGAAAAAUUUGUCUUUGACAUCUUCCAGUUUGCAAAGAAGUUUGUGGUGUAUGAAGUAUUACGGGAAGAUGAGUUUUCCCCACUGAAGAAUGCAGACAGUCAGAACGGGAAGGACAACCCCACUACUGCAAGGCAUGCUUUGAUGUCCCUCCAUCAUUGCUGGGUCCUCAAUGCCGGGGGCCACUUCAUAGAUGAAAAUGGCUCUCGCCUCCCAGCAAUUCCGCGGAUUUUAGAAUUAAAAAAAAAAAGAAGAUCCUUGGAGCUAUUCAAAUGUGAGAUAAACAGUGCUACAAAUGGAAAGUCAGAGACCAUCACAGCUGAUGUCAAUCACAACUUGAAGGAUGCCAAUGAUGUACCAAUACAAUGUGAAAUCUCUCCUCUUAUCUCCUAUGCUGGAGAAGGACUAGAAAGUUAUGUGGCAGAUAAAGAAUUCCACGCACCUUUAAUCAUUGAUGAGAAUGGAGUCCAUGAGCUGGUGAAGAAUGGUAUAUGAGCCAGAUACCAAGUUCCACCACAAUAAGAAUAGCUUUUAUUUUUGAUAGACCGACUGUGAACCUACAGGACCUCUCCCGGAAUACUCAGUUUUCAAUAUCCACAGGCUUUCAUUUUAAUUGUUGAACUCUCGUAACUACUACAUAUUCCCCAAGAUCCAGAUGACUGAACUUCAGAAAGUGUUUUUAUGAUUCUCAACUGAUUGAAGGUCUUAUUUAUAUUUUUCAAUUGUAUACUUUUUUUUCCAAGCUAAGGAAAACAUUGGCCAUCUAGGAAAUUUCCUACAGCUUAUGUGUAGUCAGGGUGUUCAACAUCACUUUACUUGGAGCUGGCAGCAUUUGUUUUUGAAGUUGUACAUAGUAAUAAUAUGUCGUUGUACAUGUUGAAAGGUUUCUAUGGUACUAAAAGUUUGUUUUAUUUUAUCAAAAAUUAAAUUUUUUUAAGAAAAUGAUUGGACAAUAAAAUGAACUUUUCUUCUUGUC